GAUUGGUAGGUGUAUACGCCCUUUCAUUGGUAGAAAUGUGGAGCGGUUUGCCGGUCCUUCACUGAAAUACACGUUUUAGUGAACUGGCGGAACGUGCAGGAUGUCAUCCUACAAAUCUGUUAAAUUAACUUAACACAAACAUGGCAAACAGUGAUGUGACCCGGGUCCUUCGCUUAAUUCGCUCCGUUUAUCCGAUCGUGCGGACGGCCCAGGAGUUCUCGGACACUAUAGUGUUCAAGGAGGGAAGGAAGGUGUUGCUGGUGGAGCCGUCGGACAGCGCGCGCUACACGUUAUUUAUCGAGGGACUGCUGAUCUGCUCGGACAGGGUUUUGCAGCAAGUCCCCAGCUGCACCCAGGUCAUUACGCUGGCAGAGCUGCUGGCUUUAGUGCUGAAUACCCUGAAGAGGAGGAGGAGGAAGAACGUCUUGUCUCAAGGCUAUUCCCUCUAUGAGGGCAAGCAGAUGGACGCUGACGUGCUGAAGUUCCAUGGCAACAUCUCCUUGAGCGCCGCCUAUGUCUACCAUAGCGACUUCUGGAAGAAGCUGCACAGUAGGCUGGGCACAGACUUGACCAGAUACGUGCUGGAGAGCUGUACUGUCUUCACCACAGUGCCCCCUAGCUGCCUGUUACAGGUGUGCGGCCCUCCUUUUUAUGACUGCGUCCCUGCUGGGCCAGGCUCUGCAUUUCAGCUCAGCAGGUUUAGAUCCGCUCAUGGAGCCGCAAAGCCGAGACUGGGGCAGGCGGCAGGGGACCAGAGGAUGAGGGAGAGGAGGAGGAGUAGGAGGAGGGCGAGGAAGCGAAGGCGCAGCAGAGGGGAGGAAGCUGGAGAAGGGGAGGCCCAGGAGGACAAGGAGCCGCUCUCCAAGCGGGUGAGGUUGGAAGUCACGGGAUUUAAACCCACAGCCACCAGGGGGCCGAGAUUGCCUACCACCUUCCAGGGGGACGGUCCUUCUGGGAGAAAAUUACCGCUGCUGAGGCCCACCGACUGCUUCUUCCGCGCGCUGGGGCUGCUGUACGGAGGGCGUGGCCUGGGGAACUUCCUGCUGAACAGGAAGUUGAGGGUGGGGGCUGCGGUGCCUCGGCGCCUCCAGGGGCGGGACUUGGUGCGGCUGGUGUUCUUUGAAGGCCCAGUGUUUGGGAGCAGCACCGAGAGGAAGCCCCGGAGGCUGCCGGUGCGGUUCCACGGCAUGGUGGGCCUCUUCGCCGCGCUCCUCCGUCGACACCGCGGCUGUCCCUACAUCCAGCUCUUGCGACGGACGUGUCCGGUGGGAGACACCGAUGCUGAUGUCACCGUCCUCCUGACCCGCCACAGCACUCCCCGUCAGGUUUACCUCUUCGUCCGGGAGUGCCUCCAUCGGGUCGUCCCCGAGGAGUUCUGGGGAUCUGCCCACAACCGGGUCCACUUCCUGCUGCGUGUGAAGCGUUUCCUGUCCAUGGGGAAGUUCGACCGGCUGUCUCUCUCUCAGCUCCUGUGGAAGAUGAGGGUGAAUGACUGUGAUUGGCCCAAGCUCAGCAAGACCGGUCGCUGCCCUGCCAGCGAGCACCGAUACCGGGAGCACCUCCUGAGCCGGUUCCUGGCCUGGCUGCUGGACCGCUUCGUGAUGGGCCUGGUGCGGGCCCUGUUCUACGUCACUGAGAGUGCCGGCCAGAAGAAUGCCCUGCGCUUCUAUCGGGAGCAUGUUUGGGUGAAACUCCAGGAUCUGGCGUUUGGGAAGCACAUCCUGAGGAGUCAGUGGGAACUCCUGCCCCAGCAGCGUCUCCCUAAAGCUACGGUGGUGUCCCGCCUGCGCUUCAUUCCCAAGCCUGGGGGCAUGAGACCCAUUGCCAGGAUGGCGAAGGCAGACAGCCGAACAUGGCUCUUUCAGUCUCGAAUCAAGGACUUGCAUGACUUCCUGCGGUUUUGCGUCCAGAAAAGACCGACACUCCUUGGCUCCACGGUGUUUGGCGUUCGCGACAUCCACCAGACAUUGGGCCCGUUCGCGGCCCUCCAUAAGGAGAAGCCCCGCCCCCUCUAUUUCGUGAAGGUGGACGUUAGCGGUGCCUAUGACAGCCUGCCCCACGACAAGCUGCUGCAGGUCGUCACGGAGGUGCUCUUCCCCAUAUGGAACGAAGCCUUUGUCAUUCGCUGGUGGGCCCAGGUGUGGUCCGAGGCCAACGACAGCAUGAAGAGGGCAUUCCGAAGACGGGUAGAGAAAUGGGGCGAGACGGACACCACGGUGAGGGGCUUCAUGAUGACGAUUCAGCAGAAUAGCAAGAUUCACGACUCCAUUCUUAUAGAGCAGCGAUACUCACUCGACACAUAUGGUAAAGACGUCUUUGAAUUCUUCAAGCAGAUGUUGGCUAACUACGUCAUUCAGUUUGGAAAGAAAAUGUUCCGGCAGUGCCGCGGGAUUCCACAGGGCUCUGUGGUGUCUGCCUUGCUCUGCUGCCUCUGUUACGGACACAUGGAGAACUCCCUGUUUCGAGACAUUACAGAUGGAGGAGGGUGUUUGCUGAGGCUGGUCGACGACUUCCUGCUCAUCACACCUGAGUUUGACAAGGCCCAGAUGUUCCUCAAAUCCCUGCUGGCGGGCGUUCCGGAGUACGGGUGCUUUGCGAAUCCCACGAAGGUCGCUGUGAACUUCCCUGUGGAUGACAUGGAGGGCAUUCCCAGUGUCCGCCAGCUGCCCUUCCAGUGCUUGUUUCCAUGGUGCGGGCUUCUUCUGGACACUGAUAACUUGGAUGUCUAUAAUGACUACUCCAGUUAUGCCGGCCUGUCCUUGCGGAGCAGCCUGACCCUCGGCUCCUCGCCCUUCCCCGGACAGCACAUGAAGAGAAAGCUCCUGUCCAUCUUGAAGCUCAAGUGCCUCCCCAUGUUCCUGGACCUGAAGAUGAACUCUCUGCAGGCCGUCUACCUGAACAUCUACAAGAUCCUGCUGCUUCAGGCACAUAGAUUCCAUGCCUGCGUGCAGAACUUGCCCUUCGGCCAGAAGGUCAAGAACAACCCACGUUUCUUCGAAGUCAUGAUCUGGAACAUGGCGAAGCUCUGCAACCUGCUGAUCAGGAAAAAUAACCAGGGAGACCAUCUGGGCUUCAGGAACAUGGGAGGCUGCCUGCAGUUUGAGGCUGUGGAGCUGAUGUUCUGCAUCUCCUUCCUCACCAUCCUCUCGCGUCACAGAAGCCUCUACAAGUGCCUUCUUCCACGGCUGCGGACACGUAAGAGGCAGCUGGAACGGAAGCUGGGAGCAGUGCGACUGGCCGUCGUCCAGCGAGCGUCGACGCCUGAAAUCCCCGAGGACUUCCGGUGCAUCUAUGUCUAAAAGUCUGUUGAUUUUCGUGAGGCCUGAAUGAUGUCCAGAUGUUUUAACUGUUCUGUAUGAUAUCCUGUACGUAUUCUCGUGAAAAUGUUUCAUAAAUCCUCAAAUAAACUCUUUAUUAAACAGCAAAA